GCCCGUCUCCUUCAUGCGUGGCCAAACUACACGGCCGUCACGCCUAUUCCACAUCUCCAUCUGUUUGAUCGGGGUGCGUCUUCGCCGUUGUGAGACACCAAGCGUGCGCGUGACGCCGCUUCCUUUUUCUUUUUUCCUUUUUUUUUUUGCAGCGCGCAGACCCGUGAUCGUCGUUUUUCCUCGGUUUUCCCAUCUCCCCUCUCCCCGCUGUACGAUAAACGAGGAGGGGCUUGGUGCCGUGGAGGAGCGAGGCGGGCGGGCGGGCGGGCGGACAGGCGAAGCGGAGCCGCUCGUAGUGUGCGUGUGUGUGCGUCGCGUGUCGCCCGCAUCCAUCCGAGUCCGCUCGCAUGCGUUAACGAGCGACAGACGUCAGGUGUGUAGGUCUGUCCCGGCCCCCGUUCUACCACCGAGAUGGUGGCCCUGUCGCUGAAGAUCUGCGUGCGCCAGUGCAACGUGGUGAAGACCAUGCAGUUCGAGCCGUCCACGCCGGUGUACGACGCCUGCAGGAUCAUCAGAGAGCGAGUGCCGGAGGCCCAGACGGGACAAGCCUCGGAUUACGGCCUCUUCCUGUCCGACGACGACCCCAGGAAAGGAAUCUGGCUGGAGUCUGGACGGACCCUGGAUUAUUACAUGCUGCGGAACGGAGACAUUCUGGAGUACAAGAAGAAACAAAGGCCGCAGAAGAUCAAGAUGCUGGACGGGGCGGUGAAAACCAUCAUGGUGGACGACUCCAAAACCGUUGGGGAGCUGCUUGUCACUAUAUGCAGUAGAAUUGGCAUCACCAACUACGAGGAGUACUCGCUCAUCCAGGAGGAGGACAAGAGGGACGACGGGACGGCGACGCUGAGGAAGGACCGCACGCUGCUGCUGAGGGACGAGAGGAAGAUGGAGAAGCUCAAGGCCAAGCUGCACACGGACGACGACUUGAACUGGCUGGACCACGGACGGACGUUCCGGGAGCAAGGCGUGGAGGAGAGCGAGACGCUGCUGCUCAGGCGCAAGUUCUUCUACUCGGACCAGAACGUGGACUCGCGGGACCCCGUCCAGCUGAACCUGCUCUACGUUCAGGCUAGGGAUGAUAUAUUGAAUGGAUCCCACCCUGUGUCCUUUGAUAAAGCCUGCGAGUUUGCAGGGAUCCAGGCUCAGAUCCAGUUCGGACCCCAUGUGGAGCACAAGCACAAGCCCGGAUUUCUGGACCUAAAGGAGUUCCUACCUAAAGAGUACAUUAAGCAGAGAGGCUCCGAGAAGAAAAUAUUCCAAGAACACAAAAACUGUGGGGAGAUGAGCGAGAUCGAGGCCAAAGUGAAGUACGUGAAGCUGGCCAGGUCCCUGCAGACGUACGGCGUGUCCUUCUUCCUGGUGAAGGAAAAGAUGAAGGGCAAGAAUAAGCUGGUGCCGCGGCUGCUGGGCAUAACCAAAGAGUCGGUGAUGCGGGUGGACGAGAAGACGAAGGACGUGGUGCAGGAGUGGCCUCUGACCACGGUCAAGCGAUGGGCCGCGUCGCCCAAGAGCUUCACUCUGGAUUUUGGGGAGUAUCAGGAGAGCUACUACUCUGUGCAGACGACAGAGGGGGAGCAGAUUUCCCAACUCAUCGCCGGAUACAUUGACAUCAUUCUGAAGAAGAAGCAAAGCAAGGACCGCUUCGGCCUGGAGGGAGACGAGGAGUCCACCAUGCUGGAGGAAUCCGUUUCCCCGAAGAAGUCCACUAUUUUGCAGCAGCAGUUCAACCGGGUGGGUCGGGUGGAGCACGGCUCGGUGGCACUUCCGGGUAUCAUUCGAUCCGGCUCCGUCGGCGGCCCUGACACCUUUAAUGUGGGAACCAUGCCCUCCGCCCAGCAGCAGAUCACCACCGGGCAGAUGCACCGCGGACACAUGCCCCCACUGAGUCUGGCCCAGCAGGCCCUGAUGGGAACCAUCACCAGCAGCAUGCAGGCUGUGCAGCAGGCCCAAGCCGACCUGGGCCACGUGGAUAAUCUGCCCCCACUGGGCCACGACUUGGCGUCCAGAGUGUGGGUUCAGAAUAAAGUGGACGAAUCCAAACACGAAAUCCACUCUCAGGUAGAUGCCAUCACGGCGGGAACGGCCUCCGUGGUCAACCUCACUGCAGGUGAGCCCACGGACACGGACUACACGGCGGUGGGCUGCGCCAUCACCACCAUCUCCUCCAACCUCACGGAGAUGUCCAAGGGCGUGAAGCUGCUGGCGGCGCUGAUGGACGACGAAGUGGGCAGCGGGCACAAGCUCAUGGGCGCCGCCAGGAUGCUGGCGGGGGCCGUGUCGGACCUCCUCAGAUCUGUGGAGCCCGCGGCGGCCGAGCCCAGACAGACGGUGCUGACUGCAGCAGGAAGUAUUGGACAGGCCAGCGGGGACCUGCUCCGUCACAUCGGGGAGGGCGAGACCGAUGAGAAGUUCCAGGACACGCUGAUGAAUCUGGCCAAAGCAGUGGCGAAUGCAGCUGCUAUGUUAGUCCUGAAGGCCAAGAACGUGGCCCAGGUGGCCGAGGACACCAUAUUGCAGAACCGGGUGAUCGCAGCUGCCACUCAGUGUGCCCUGUCCACCUCGCAGCUGGUCGCCUGCACCAAGGUGGUGAGUCCGACCAUCAGCUCCCCGGUGUGUCAGGAGCAGCUUGUGGAGGCCGGGAAACUGGUGGACCGCUCCGUGGAGACCUGCGUGAAGUCGUGCCGCUCGGCCAGCGACGACGGCGAGCUGCUGAAGCAAGUGGGGGCCGCGGCCGGCGUGGUGAGCCAGGCCCUCGGCGACCUGCUGCAGCACGUGCGCCACUACGCCAGCUGCGGAGAGCCCAUCGGGCGCUACGACCAGGCCACGGACACCAUCAUGAACGUGACGGAGAACAUUUUCACGUCCAUGGGUGACGCGGGCGAGAUGGUGCGUCAGGCCCGAGUGUUGGCCCAGGCCACGUCGGACCUGGUCAACGCCAUGAGGUCCGACGCGGAGGCCGAGGUCGACGUGGACAACUCCAAGAAGCUGCUGGCCGCCGCCAAGCUGCUGGCGGACGCCACGGCUCGCAUGGUGGAGGCUGCUAAGGGGGCCGCGGCCUACCCGGAGAACGAGGACCAGCAGCAGCGGCUGCGGGAGGCGGCGGAGGGGCUCCGCGUCGCCACCAACGCCGCGGCUCAGAACGCCAUAAAGAAGAAGCUCGUCAACCGGCUGGAGAUUGCUGCAAAGCAGGCCGCGGCUGCCGCCACUCAGACCAUCGCAGCUGCUCAAAACGCUGCUGCUUCUAAUAAAAACACUGCCUCGCACCAACAGCUAGUGCACAGCUGCAAGGCAGUAGCAGACAGCAUUCCCCAGCUGGUGCAGGGCAUGAGGAGCAGCCAGGCUCAGCCUGAGGAUCUGGGGGCCCAGCUCGUGCUCAUCAUGGCCAGUCAGAACUUCCUACAGCCUGGAAGUAAAAUGGUGGCAUCGGCAAAAUCGGCGGUUCCAACAGUGGCCGAACAGGCUGCUGCUAUGCAACUGGGCCAGUGUGCCAAAAACCUGGCUACCUGUCUGGCAGAGCUCAGGACGGCGACCCAGAAGGCUCACGAAGCGUGCGGUCCCCUGGAGAUUGACUCAGCCCUGAAAACAGUGCAGACGCUCAAGAGCGAGCUCCAGGAUGCCAAGAUGUCAGUCAUAGACGGGCAACUCAAACCUCUGCCUGGAGAAACGCUGGAGAAGUGUGCUCAGGAUUUGGGAAGCACCUCCAAGACCGUGGGCUCGUCCAUGGCCCAGCUGCUGACAUGCGCCGCACAGGGAAAUGAACAUUACACAGGCGUGGCGGCCCGGGAGACGGCGCAGGCUCUGCGGACCUUGGCCCAAGCAGCCCGAGGCGUGGCGGCCAGCACCAAGGAGCCGCAGGCCGCGGCCGCCAUGCUGGACUCGGCCCAGUGCGUCAUGGAGGGCUCGGCCAUGCUGAUCCACGAAGCCCAUCAGGCCCUCGUCCAUCCGGGAGACGCCGAGAGUCAGCAGCGGCUGGCGCAGGUGGCCAAAGCUGUGUCACACUCCCUAAAUAAUUGUGUGAACUGCCUGCCGGGCCAGAAGGAUGUGGACAUGGCUCUCAGGAGCAUCGGAGAGGCCAGCAAGAAGCUGCUGGUGGACAUGCUCCCUCCCUGCAACAAGACAUUCCAGGAGGCUCAGACUGAGCUGAACCACACAGCAGCUGAACUCAACCACUCCGCAGGCGAGGUCGUCCACUCCUCCCGCGGAACCAGCGGCCAACUGGCCGCGGCCUCUGGGAAGUUCAGCCAAGACUUUGAUGAGUUCCUGGACGCUGGCAUUGAGAUGGCAGGACACACCCAAAGCAAAGACGACCAGAUCCAAGUCAUUGGGAAUCUGAAGAACAUCUCAAUGGCGUCCAGUAAACUGCUGCUGGCCGCCAAGUCUCUGUCCGUGGAUCCAGGUGCAGCCAACGCUAAGAACCUUCUAGCUGUGGCAGCAAGGGCGGUGACAGAGAGCAUUAAUCAGCUGAUCACGCUCUGCACGCAGCAAGCGGCCGGUCAAAAAGAGUGCGACAACGCCUUGAGGGAGCUGGAGGCUGUCAGAGGCCUCCUGGAGAAUCCCAGCGAGCCCGUCAGCGAGCUCUCCUACUUCGACUGCAUCGAGAGCGUCAUGGAGAACUCAAAGGUUCUGGGCGAGGCCAUGGCAGGCAUCUCUCAGCACUGCAAGACGGGCGACGUGGUGGCCUUCGGGGAGAGCGUGGGCGUGGCGUCCAAGGCUCUGUGUGGGCUGACGGAAGCUGCAGGACAGGCAUCCUAUCUUGUAGGUGUGUCUGAUCCCAACAGUCAGUCAGGUCAUGAGGGGCUGGUGGAUCCCAUCCAGUUUGCAAGGGCUCACCAGGCUAUACAGAUGGCUUGUCAGAACUUGGUGGAUCCAGCGAGUAGCCCUUCACAGGUCUUGUCCGCAGCAACCAUCGUAGCCAAGCACACCUCCGCCCUGUGCAACGCCUGCCGCCUGGCCUCCUCCAAGACCUCCAACCCCGUGGCGAGGAGGCAGUUCGUCCAGUCGGCCAAAGAGGUGGCCAACACCACGGCCAACCUGGUCAAGACCAUCAAGGUCAACUCCCCAACGGAGCAAAACGCCUCGGACGGGGAUUUUUCCGACGAGAACAGGAACAGGUGCCGCGUGGCCACAACGCCUCUCCUGGAAGCUGUGGAGAACCUGUCGACCUUUGCCAACAACCCUGAGUUUGCGAGCAUCCCGGCUCAGAUCAGUAACGAGGGCUCAGCCUCACAGGAGCCCAUUGUGCGCUCGGCCCGCUCCAUGCUCGACAGCUCCACUUACCUUUUAGAAACAGCACGCUCUCUGGUACUCAACCCCAAAGAUCCUCCUACCUGGUCCAUACUCGCCGGCCACUCCAGGACGGUUUCUGACUCCAUCAAGAGCCUCAUCACCUCCAUUAGGGACAAGGCGCCAGGACAGAGGGAGUGUGAUUACUCUAUUGAUAAUAUCAAUAAGUGCAUCCGUGACAUUGAGCAAGCUUCUCUGGCUGCGGUCGGGCAGACUCUGCCCUGCAGAGAUGAUAUCUCCAUGGAAGCGCUCCAGGAGCAGCUGACAUCCUCCGUGCAGGAGAUUGGGCAUCUGAUUGAUCCCGUCUCCACAGCGGCUCGAGGCGAGGCUGCCCAACUAGGACACAAGGUGACCCAGCUGGCUAGUUACUUUGAUCCUCUCAUUGUGGCAUCAGUGGGCCUGGCCUCAAAGCUGCAGGACCACCAGCAGCAGAUGACCAUUUUGGACCAGACCAAGACCUUGUCUGAGUCUGCCCUGCAGAUGCUGUAUGCAGCCAAGGAAGGCGGGGGAAAUCCAAAGGCGUCCCACACCCACGAUGCCAUAUCUGAAGCAGCCCAGCUGAUGAGGGAGGCUGUGGAUGACAUCAUGGUGACUUUGAACGAGGCCGCCAGUGAAGGCGGCAUGGUCGGGGGCAUGGUGGAGUCCAUUGCUGAGUCCAUUGGAAGGCUGGACGAGGGGACGCCCCCUGAACCCGAGGGCUCUUUUGUGGACUACCAGACCACCAUGGUGAAGUUCUCCAAGGCCAUCGCCAUCACUGCCCAGGAGAUGAUGACUAAGUCGGUGACCUGCCCCGAGGAGCUCGGUGGCCUGGCCUCUCAGGUGACGGUGGACUACGGGCAGCUCGCGCACCAAGGACGCCUCGCCGCAGCCACGGCGGAGCCAGAGGAGAUCGGCUUCCAGAUAAAGACGCGGGUGCAGGAGCUGGGCCACGGCUGCAUCUACCUGGUCCAGAAGGCCGGAGCCCUGCAGCUCAGUCCCACUGACACCUUCUCCAAACGGGAGCUCAUCGAAUGCGCCCGCACGGUCACAGAGAAGGUGUCCUUGGUUCUGUCUGCACUGCAAGCGGGCAACAAAGGCACCCAGGCCUGCAUCACAGCCGCCAGCGCCGUCUCCGGCAUCAUCGCCGACCUGGACACCACCAUCAUGUUCGCCUCCGCUGGAACGCUGAACCCGGAGAACGAAGAGUCGUUUGCCGACCACAGGGAGAGCAUCCUGAAGACGGCCAAGGCCCUGGUGGAAGACACCAAGCUGCUGGUGGCCGGAGCCGCGUCCACGCAGGACAAGCUGGCCCAGGCCGCCCAGUCCUCGGCCAAGACCAUCACCCAGCUCACCGAGGUGGUCAAACUGGGAGCGACCAGCAUGGGCUCCGAGGACCCUGAGACGCAGGUGGUUCUGAUAAACGCGGUGCGGGACGUGGCCAAGGCUCUGGCCGAGCUCAUCGGCGCCACCAAAUGUGCCGCGGGCAAAGCCGCCGACGACCCGUCCAUGUAUCAGCUGAAGAGCGCUGCCAAGGUCAUGGUGACCAACGUGACGUCCCUUCUGAAAACGGUGAAGGCCGUGGAGGAUGAAGCCACUCGCGGGACGCGGGCGCUGGAGGCCACCAUCGAGUGCAUAAAGCAGGAGCUCACGGUGUUCCAGUCCAAGGACGUCCCGAGCAGAUCCAACACGCCCGAGGAGUUCAUCCGCAUGACAAAGGGCAUCACCACGGCGACCGUCAAGGCAGUGGCUGCGGGCAACUCGGCCCAGCAGGAGGACGCCAUCGCCACUGCCAACCUGAGCCGCAAAGCCGUCUUUGACAUGCUGACUACCUGCAAGCAAGCGGCACAUCACCCCGAGGUGAGUGAGGAAUUGAGGAGCAAGGCCCUGCAGUUCGGCUCUGAAUGCACCAAUGGAUACAUCUGCCUCUUGGAGCAGGUGCUGCAGGUGCUGCAGAAGCCCACUCCCGAGCAGAAGCAGCAGCUGGCCGUGCACUCGAAGCAUGUGGCGGCGUGUGUCACCGAGCUCGUCCAGACAGCGGAGGCGAUGAAGGAUGGAGGAUCGGAGUGCGUGGACCCCGAGGACCCCACCGUCGUCGCCGAGACCGAGCUCCUCGGAGCCGCGGCGUCCAUCGAAGCGGCGGCCAAGAAGCUGGAGCAGCUGAAACCCAGAGCGAAGCCCAAGCAGGCCGAUGAGACGCUGGAUUUUGAGGAGCAGAUCUUGGAGGCGGCGAAGUCCAUCGCUGCAGCAACCAGCGCCCUCGUUAAAUCUGCGUCUGCAGCUCAGAGGGAGCUGGUCGCUCAGGGCAAGGUCGGAUCCAAUCUAGCCAACGCAGUGGACGACGGGCAGUGGUCGCAGGGUCUCAUUUCCGCCGCGCGCAUGGUCGCAGCCGCCACCAGCAACCUGUGCGAGGCGGCCAACGCCUCGGUGCAGGGCCACGCCAGCGAGGAGAAGCUGAUCUGCUCGGCCAAGCAGGUGGCGGCGUCCACGGCCCAGCUGCUGGUGGCCUGCAAGGUGAAGGCGGACCAGGACUCCGAGGCCAUGAGGCGGCUGCAGGCUGCGGGCAACGCGGUGAAGCGGGCCUCGGACAACCUGGUGAAGGCGGCGCAGAAGGCGGCGUUCGACAAGACCGAGGAUGACAGCGUGGUGGUGAAGACCAAGUUCGUUGGCGGCAUAGCGCAGAUCAUCGCGGCUCAGGAGGAGAUGCUCAGGAAGGAGCGCGAGCUGGAGGAAGCCCGGAAGAAGCUGGCUCAGAUCCGACAGCAGCAGUACAAGUUCCUGCCCAGCGAGCUGAGGGAGGACGAAGGCUGAUUGGCCGAGCGGGAGGGAUGCGCACCGCGCCGAUGAGGCCCUCUGGUUAUGGGGUGACGCCGCUGACGUGCUAUUGGCUGCUUCCCGCUCAUGUAACCGAGGAAUAUACAGCACUUGAAACAGGCCUGUUUGACAAAAAGAAAACAAGUGCCUGCGCUCUGCAGUGUAUUUGUGUGUAUGUGUGUGUGUGUGUGUGUGUGUGUGUGUGUAUGUGUGCGUGACAGAGUGUGUGUAUGUGCAUUUGUCAUUGAAUGAUGUUGACGUUUUAAUAAGGAGGAACUUAUUACAAUUACGAGAAACUAAGACAGUCGGAGAAACGCAUCGUGAGCAUCGCUGACUGUUACAAUCACGAGCUGAAGUUGGUACAAAGGCAGAAAUCCUGUAUAAUCACUGAAUGUUUUAAAAUAGCUGAGGGUUUAGAGCAAAGAAAAAAGCACUGAGACAACCUGUGCAACUGGCAGAACAAGGAUCCAUAGUUUCUAUUCAAUAUGUAAAAACAUAAAGGCAGAAGGACCCAUUUCACCAAUGACUAGCAUGCACCACAUUGUCUAUACAUAUCAAUGAAGCUUCUAACCAAUAGAGUGGAAAGGCACUUAUAUUUUACUAAUAUAUAUAGAUAUAUAUGUAUACACACACAUACAUAAUUUGAAGUUUGAUGCUAAACUAGCUAAUUGUUAUUAACCUUGACACCAAACAAUGAGGUUUUCUGAUCUCACCUCUGGCCAACACUCGCUGAAUCCAUUCAUUUGUCCUGGAUUGUUUUCAGUGUAAUCUGGACUCAACGUGACCAAAUGCAUCACUGCACCCACACAGAGCUGUGAGAGGAACAUGCCCAUAACACACGCACGCAGACCCUGUCAAGACAUUUCACCUUAGACUGUCUAUAGCAAUACAUCCAAGCAAGGCAGAGUCUGCUCACAUUGGUUGUAUGUAAACACGCAUACGGCUCUUUUAAUGAAGUGAGCCAUUAAUGCACUGAAGCUGCCCACACACACAUGCACUGAAUGAAGAAGGCAAUUAAAAUCUAUCCUAUCUAUCCUAUAACGAUGAGGAGGACUCUACAGGUGGCUCUUUCUAUUAGCCCAUGACUCUCCUCAGUUGGUCCAUGCCAGUGUCUUGGUUCGCAUUGUGUCCUAGUGCCUUACUCGAGCUGAAGAUCAGGCCUGGGAGCCUGAGCCUUUCCCUCUGUGGGUCACCACAUCACAGUAUGCCAGUCUGCUGUCACCUGCUCCUUUGCCAUAUAAUGCAAUGCCUUGUGUGCUGGCCUGCCUGCCUACAACACUCUACCGCUGACAUUAAAGGGCAUCCCUGGAUACCUUAGGACUUAGAGGCCAUAGUGGGACGAGAGCACCAGACCGCAUUCCAUGAGCGCUCGGCGAUUUGCGACUGAAGUUGGGAAAAUUCAUCACGCCAAGUCCCUCCGUGCUGGACUAAGUCCUUGUUCCAUCCGUUAGCCACUAUAAAACUACGUUUCUAUCAGUAAAUGUAAUAAUUACCCUCAAAUAUAUCGUCUAACUGAUUUGUCCGAGUAUUACCAGAAAUAGAUCCAGUUACUAGCUCUGUAAUGAAUAGGUGUUGUGCUUUCUUUAACAGACUGCGUUACUUCUAUGAUUUGAUGCUGUAUGUAUGAUAUUUAUCUUGUCACAAAAGUAUUUUUUGUAUUCACCAAAAUAAAAGGGUUUCAAACAA